AUGGCGCAGCGUGUUCGCCUUCUGAGGAAUGGUGCACGCACCGGUGGCAAGCUGCUGGUGGUGCCUGACACCUGGGAGCAGCUUCUGCACCGCUGCAGUCGCAAAUUCUCUACUGACGACGAGCCAUUCGUGGCGUCUCGGUGCUUCACGGUGGACGGCUUCGAGAUAGAGGAGCUGGAAGAGGUGGCCGCCGACUCCAUUGUCGUCGUCUCGAGCGGCGAGGAUUUCCUGCCGCUGCCUCUGCUCGAGGGGCUGCCGCCGCCGCUGCACACAGGCGUCUCCUCGAGCGCCGCCAGCACGGCGUCGGCUGCGCCGGCGCCGACUGAGCUGAGCCGUGACUCGUCCGUCGCCUCGGUCUCGCUUCCGCCGCACGCGUCGCCGCUGCCUCCCGGGGCGGCUGCGGCUGCAGAGCCGGCGGUGCCAUCGCCACCCGAGCCUCGACUGCACCUCACCAUGCUGCAAGCCGCGCCGCUGGCGCUCGACAUCCCCUUUGAGAUUGCGACCACCGAUAACUUGCGCUGUC